CCACACUCUUGAUGGCGACCCAGUGGAUGCAGGACCCGGCGUACAGCGCCUACCAGGUGGACAACACAAGCUCCGAGAGCAUGUCGGAAGAGGCCUCUGAAUCCUGCAGGUUUAUCCAUAACCAAUGCGACAAGGAGCUCUUCACGGGCGAGUAUUUAAGAAGCAACAAAGCCAGUGGUCACAAGAACCUCCGCUGCUUCCCUCACUGCUGCGGGGGCCACAACCCAAAGAGUUUCUGCGGCUCUGGCCUCGUAGUCGAGUGCUUUUUGCCCAAUUGCCAAUUGGUAUUGGGCAGAUUCGAGGAAGUGGCCAAGCAGCAACCAGCCAAUGGCAAGACGCUACCGUCCCCCACCACAGUGGACACGAGUCUGGGACGCAGCAGCCUCGUGGUGGGGCGGGAAUAUCCACGUCAAGAGCUUUUCGACGAUGUCAAGAUGCCCGACCAGCCUUUUGGUCGCUGGUUCCGGGGCUCAGCUGUGCCCAAUGGCUCAGGAUCGGGCACAUGUUUCCUACUCAAUGGCAACCGCCAGUCGUGGCACUACGGAUGGCAAUCCUCUCGUCUCAACUGCAAGAACCUGCACGUGUUUAAAGUCUACGUCUUCGAUGCCAGCUCCAGCGGGAAUGCCAAUACUCUAACGUGUGUGGCAGCACUGGCGUCGCCUGCCUUCCGGAUUUCAUCCAGUCGCAAGGCCAGAAAGACGUUCCGCUCGCCCAUGAACCAGGUGAACGGCACGACGCCCAACUCUACUCCAAUGGGGUUCCAGAAUGUGCUUCCUAGAGCCCCAUCCCCGUCGGGAUCGACCCAGAGCGCCAGGAGUAUCGACGAACUGCUGGGUACUGGAACGGGGAACAACUCGGCGGUGGCUAACGCUGCAGCAAUGUACGCGGCAGCUCAACAGCGCCCACCCACGGGCUUCAUAUCGGGGCAGAGAGACCCCGCUCGACGUGAGCGAAAGCGCUUGACGCGCUCCGCGUCACUUAAAACGGACUAUUUCUCAACCAUCUCGUUCCCGACGCUCCAGCAACAGCAACAACUGCAGCAACAGCAAUUCCAGCAGUCUCAAAGAAUGUCGCUGUCAGCUACACACCCGCCGCAUUUCGAGGGACUCCAGGCGAGCCGCGCGUCGAUGCCGUCACUGCCAGGCGUGGGCUCUUUUCUGAACAACUCGACGGCGCCGAGACCCACCGGGACCAACCGAGCGUUCCACAGUCGACGCUCGUCUCUGGCCGCUCUUCCCAUGCCGGUCUCCAACCCGUUAGCCAUGUCGCGUCCACAGCAACGACCCGUUCCGGUGCUGACUCCCAUCACCGGAAUGAUGCAGCUCCGACUGGAAAACCACUCGCCUUACGCCAGCACGCCUAUCGCCAGCUCGACGCCGUCAUCGUCCAGCUCUGCGACUCCAACUACCAACACGACGCGACUCACAGCUGCGGCUCUACACCAGCACGCGUACGCUUCUGCCCGGCCAUAUCCAUACGCUCGACGUGACACUUGGUCGAGUAGUUUGCACGCCAUGAUCCCGGAAGGCGGCGGCGGUAUCCCCAUGAUGAUGAUGUCGCCUGGGUCGUCACCCGACAGUUAUCUCAACCGUAAACGCAACCGCUCGACGGACUCGGACAAGGCGAUCACGGCUGCUAUUGAGGCCUCCGAGAAGAUCCACCCCACGCUCUCCCCGAUCUCGUCUCCGCCGCUGGUGGCUCCAGUCCCCACAGACAGCGAACUGUACCGCCGUGCACGCAUCCUGCAGCUGGCGUUCACAAUUGUCAAACGUAUCCAUCGCUUCGAAGAGGUCGCAGCCAAGCAGAAGGAGACGCCCAAAGUGUAUCGCCACUCGUUCGAGAUGAUCACUCCCCCCAUGCCGACCACAAGUGCAACGCAGACGCCACGCAAGAAAUACUCUUUGGUUCAGAUUCCUCUGAGCAACCCCAAGCUGCUGUAUCUGUGCUCGAACCUCGUGACCGUUUGCACGUCUUUGGUAAGCUCUGGACUGCUGGAGGACAUGCGGCAAAAGAUGCGCGACUGCGCUCAAGCUGGACGCGGCGUCCUGGCAGCGUAUCAACAACUUGUGGACUUAUUGAACGACUCGGUGGAAGCUCAAGUGUCACGUCUGCGACGCCGUAUGCACAAGUCGUGGGGCGAUGCGGAAUCUGCUGAUGAAGGCGAGUGGGAUCUGUACGAGAUGCUCAAGAGCUGCGAGCCGUGGCUCAUGCAGGAAGCCUGGUGGGUUGUGCUGGACGACGACGACCAGCAACAAGCAGGAGAUAAGGAAGAAGGCGCGUUGCGUCCACUCCCGUACAUGCACCUGUUCGCAGACUAUUACCGGACGAUUCAGGAUGCCGUCCCGUCGCCUCAAGGCUUGGAAGUGGCCGUCUCACUGCGUGAAGCAGCGCUCACGGGCGCCACGGGCUUGACGGGAGAAUGGAAUCGCCAGGGCGAGCCUGAUGAACACCAUCUACAACAACCGCAACGGGUGGCUUCGGUUCGAUCGGCCAUGGCGGCGUCGUCGCUGUCCUGGUUGGCCCGCUGCAUCCACGCGCACACGACGAAGACGUUCCACAUCACAGAGACGAACACGACGAUGACGCUGUCGCUGCCGAACAGCUUGGUAUCUGCUGACGCCGUGUUCCUAUUGCAACUGAAUCAACAGGAGCCGACGGUGGUGCUGCCGCAGGAUUAUUUCCCGUUCGGCUGGUCGCGUAAGCGCUCGUUGAUGGCGUACCGAGCGUGGCGUGUGCGCGGCAUUGGCGACUCGAACGGCAGUGCGGUGGCAGUUCAGUUCAUGCGCUGGCCGGAUGAUAACGAGCUUGAAGCCGUUGAGAACGACGAGGAAGACGAAGAUCUGGACGAAGACGAAGCUGAAGACUCCCCCGAAGAACCCGAAGAAGAGCCGCUGGGUCGUCGCGGCCGCCAGCUCAAGCGGCUGCGUACACGGAUCACCAUUUACUUCUCCGUGUUCUCGUCCACCACGUUGCAGCUACGAACUAUCGUCGAAGCGAGUCUGGCUCCGGCCGCGGCGCUCCCGGCUUCGGUCAGUACGCAACCCACAGAUGCAGACAUGUUGAAAUACUUCAAGUCGCCGUCGUCCUGGGAAAUGUGCUCGCAGAUUUCGCAAAAGUACACGAAAAACCUGUAA